CUCGUGGCUGGGUGAUCGAAGAGUUGAGAGUUGACUGGCCUGCAACGGACCAGUGGUUGGAUCGGCCGUGCUCUGCCUCUGCUGCUGCGGCCCGGAGCUGUAGCUUGCUAGCCGACGGCCGGAGAGGAUGAGGGUGGUGGUGACGGGCGCGACGGGGUACCUGGGCGGGCGCCUGUGCGCGGCGCUGGCGGGCGCGGGCCACGCCGUGCGCGCGUUCGUUCGCCGGACCAGCGACGCCUCCGGCCUGCCGGCCGGCGCCGAGCUGGCCUACGGUGAAGUCGGCGACGUGGAUUCACUCGCCGCCGCCUUCGACGGCUGCGACGCCGUGUUCCACGUCGCCGCCGUCGUCGAGCCCUGGCUCCCCGACCCCUCGGUCUUCGCUACCGUCAAUGUGGGAGGACUGGAGAAUGUGUUGAAGGCAGCCAAGAGAACACCCACAGUAAAGAAGAUAAUAUAUACGUCGUCGUUCUUCGCAGUUGGGCCAACAGAUGGUUAUGUUGCAGAUGAGACACAGAUGCAUCAAGGGAAAACAUUUUGCACGGAGUAUGAGAAAUCAAAGGUUCUUGCAGAUAGAAUUGCACUGCAGGCAGCAGCAGAGGGGGUGCCAAUAACCAUCGUUUACCCAGGAGUUAUCUAUGGUCCUGGAAAACUUACAACCGGAAACCUUGUUUCCCGCAUUUUAAUUGAAAGGUUUAAUGGCCGUCUACCUGGUUAUAUUGGAGAUGGGUAUGAUCGAGAAUCAUUUUGCCAUGUCGAUGAUGUUGUUAGUGGGCACGUAGCAGCUAUGGAGAAGGGCAGAGUGGGCGAAAGAUAUCUCCUCACUGGAGAAAACAUGUCAUUCAUGCAGAUUUUCAAUAUGGCUGCCAAUAUCACAAAUACAAAGGCUCCCUCAUUUCACGUACCACUCUGGUUGAUUGAAAUUUACGGGUGGAUUUCAGUUUUCAUUUCUUGCAUCACUGGAAAGCUCCCACUUAUCAGUUACCCUACAGUGCAUGUUCUUAGACAUCAAUGGGCAUAUGCAUGUGACAAAGCCAAGAGAGAGCUGGGCUACAGUCCGAGAAACUUAACAGAAGGUUUAUCUGAGAUGCUUCUAUGGCUCAAGGAUGACAAACUGAUCAAAUUUUAGUGGUUUACCUAUUUUUUCUGUACUUCUGUUACAUUCUACAUUUCACGUGCACACGAUGUCUUUGAUGUACUAGCAUCUUCAGUUUGUAUAUACUUUGGUAUGGUAUAGCACACUGUUCUAUGAAGAAGUUGAGAUGUACUCCGUAACAACUUACUGUAACACAUUCAGGCUCUUUGGAGCCUGAAAUUUCGAAAGAAAAUGAAAAUAAUAUUUAGAAGCCAGUAGUAUACAUUCA